AUGCUACAGGCAGCAGGGAGGGAUCCAGUUGAGGUCUUCAAAGGCCUUCAGACCGAUGAAGACUUCCACAUGGCUCCCAGUCAAGUCAAAGCACUCGCGGAAGUACUGGCUUCUCCUGGGGGCUUUACAAAGGCCAAUGAGGGUGAAGAAGCACGUACUGGCGAUGGCUCAAGCGAAGAAGAGGAGAGUGAGUCCUAUGAAGGAUCAUCAGACUCUUCUUCAUCUUCAGUUGCUGCUUCACCUACCGUAGCAGAGUCUUUGUAA